CACAAACAUCACACAACAAACACAACAAGCAAGACAACACAGCACAGCACAGCGAACCACAACGGAACACAACCCCGACACAACACGUCGUCGCCAUGGGACGCCGGAAGUCGAAGCAGGUGGCGCCAAAGAAGCGCGGCGGAGGCAGGCUGCCCAAGAUCUUUGCUUGCCCCUUCUGCAAGCACGAGAAGUCAUGCCACGUUGAAAUGCUGCGCUCUGAGGGGAUUGGCCGCAUCUCUUGCAAGAACUGCACGGAGCACUUUGAAGUCCCCAUCAAUGCACUGUCGGAGCCCGUGGAUGUGUUCACGGAAUGGAUUGACGAGUGCGACCGUGCAAACAAGGUGCACGAGCAGCAAGAAGCGGCGCGGCAGCAGCAGCAGCAGCAACAGCAGCAGCAGGCACAGGGCACAAGGCGAGGACAGUCAGGACAACACCGUUCAUCAUCGCAGGUUCGCAGCAUCCACGGGCUUGAUGACGAUGAUGAGGAAGACGAUGACUUUGCGCUCCCUUCUGCCCUUGAUCGGGAAGACUCCUCCUACAAGCAGGGCUCCAACGGCAACGCUGCCAGCCGCCGCUUCGUGGGUGACGACGACAGCGACGAUGAGGCCGACUACAACGCCACCAACAGGCUCGUUUCAGACAACUUCCGCGAUGACGGCUCUGACUAAGUGGGAGUGAGCACGUGUGAGCGGGAGUGAGUGUUGGUGGGAGUGAGUGUUGGUGGGAGUGA